AUGCGCGGCUCCUGGGACGAGUCCACGACGGCGGCGCUGCACGCGCGCAUCCUGGAGGCGCAGCGCGGCCCGGCGGCCGAGCCCGCGGCCUGCGCCGGCCCGCCCGCGCUCGAGCUGGCCGCGCCCACGCCGCUGCUGCCGCUGCCGACGCUGUCCUUCAGCGCGGCGCAGGUGGCCACCGUCUGCGAGACCCUGGAGGAGAGCGGUGAUGUGGAGCGUCUCGCGCGCUUCCUCUGGUCCCUGCCCGUGGCGCACCCCAACGUGGCGGAACUGGAGCGCUGUGAGGCGGUGCUGCGCGCGCGGGCCGUGGUCGCCUUCCACGCCGGCAGACACCGCGAGCUGUACUCCAUCCUCGAGAGGCACCGCUUCCAGCGCUCGAGUCACGCGAAGCUGCAGGCUCUGUGGCUCGAAGCGCACUACCAGGAGGCCGAGCGACUCCGCGGCCGGCCGCUCGGGCCCGUCGAUAAGUACCGCGUGAGGAAGAAGUUCCCGCUGCCGAGGACCAUCUGGGACGGCGAGCAGAAGACGCACUGCUUCAAGGAGCGCACGAGGUCGCUGCUGAGGGAGUGGUACCUGCAGGACCCGUACCCCAACCCGACCAAGAAGCGCGAGCUGGCGGCGGCGACGGGCCUCACGCCGACCCAGGUGGGCAACUGGUUCAAGAACCGCCGCCAGCGGGACCGGGCCGCCGCCGCCAAGAACCGCUCGGCGGCGCUGGGCCGAGGGUUCGCGUCCUCCUCCACGUACGACGAGGACUCCGCGGACUCCGAGAUCAACGUGGACGAGGAGUAG